AUGGAAUUAGAGCAUUUAGGUGGCAAUGGGGUUAAACUGGAGAGAGGAAACCGUCGUCUUCUCAGGACGACACUGGCUGUGUGUGUGUGUAUCUGCCUUGCCCUGCUGCUCGCGCUCAUACUGGUGUCUCAGAGAACCAGUCAGAAGGAGUUCUGUCUGACCCCACAAUGCAUUGAGGCAGCGGGGUCUAUCCUGACCAAGAUUGAUCUUUCGAUUAACCCCUGUGAGGACUUCUAUGGUUUUGCAUGCGGGGGUUGGCUGAAGGAUAAUCCCAUCCCUGAGGAUUCCUCCUCUUUUGGUAUCUACCCCUGGCUAAGGCAGCAUGUUGACCUCCGACUCAAAGAAUUACUGGAAGCUCCAUCUGCCCCUGAUGAGCUGGAGGCAGUGACCAAAGCUAAGGUCUUCUACCGCUCCUGCAUGAAUGAGACAAAACUGGAGCUGCUGGACUCCAAACCGAUAUUGAAAACGCUCAAGCAGCCUGAGUUCAAGUGGCCGGUGGUGGGCGAUGGACUUGGAGGGGCAUGGCGGUGGUCGGCGGAGGAAUGGAACCUCUUGAAUACGUUGGCCGAGAUGAGAAAGCAGCACAGCAAGAGCAUUCUGAUUCGCCUGUACAUCUCACCCGAUGACAAAAACUCCUCCCACUACAUCAUCAAGCUGGACCAGGCCUCCUUGUCUCUGUCCUCCAGAGAGGAUUACAUCACUAACACCACCGCCGCCCGGGCCUACCGUGCAGCCCUAUUGAGUUUGAUGGUGGAUGUGGCCGUGAUGCUGGGGGCUCCAGAGAAGACAGCACUCACCGAGAUGGAGGAGGCUCUCGCCUUCGAGACCAAACUAGCACACAUCCUCAUUCCCUUUGAAAACCUCACCAGUGAGAGCAUGUAUAACAAACUCACACUCUCCCGCCUACAACGCUCCAUACCACAGUUUGACUGGCUGGCCUUUGUGAGGGCUGUGGUGGAGUCAAAGAGUGACCCAGCACUGUCCAUCUCCUCCUCUGAGCCCGUCAUUGUCCGAGCGCCGCAGUACUUUAAGGAACUUUUCAAGCUUAUUCAUUCUACAGAUCCCAGGACAGUAGCUAACUAUGUGCAGUGGAGGACUGUUUUUUCCCGAAUCACGUCUCUGAGUCGUCGUUUCCUCUACAGAUACUUGGACUUCGCACGGGUGACCACAGGAACAACAUCUCUGACGCCACGUUGGGAUAAGUGUGUUAACUAUGUAGAGAACACAAUUGUUUAUGCAACUGGGCGCCUCUUUGUCAACGCACACUUCCAGGAGGACAAGAAACACUUGAUGGAGGAGUUGAUUGAAGGGGUGCGGUGGGCGUUCAUUGACCUGCUGGAGAAAGAGAAUGACUGGAUGGACGAACCAACAAAGAAGAGAGCCACUGAAAAGGCACAUGCUGUGUUGGCCAAAGUUGGCUACCCCGAGUUUAUCCUCAAUGACACCCACCUCAAUGAAGAUAUAAAACAGUUAGCAUUUACUGAGAAGGACUACUACGGAAAUGUAAUGCAGACUUUGCAGUUCAUCGCCCAGUCGGACAUCGCCUGGCUCAGAAAGAGCGUCCCUCGUACAGAGUGGUUCACGAAUCCAACGACGGUCAACGCCUUCUACAGUUCCUCGACCAAUCAAAUUAGAUUCCCUGCCGGAGAGCUCCAGAAGCCAUUCUUUUGGGGAAGAGAAUAUCCAAGGUCCUUGAGUUAUGGUGCCAUCGGGGUUAUCGUUGGACAUGAACUGACCCAUGGCUUCGACAAUAAUGGACGCAAGUAUGACAAAAAUGGCAACCUUGACCAGUGGUGGAGCAACUCAUCAAUAGCAGCCUUCAAUGAGAAGACCCAGUGUAUGAUCGACCAGUACAACAGCUACCACUGGAAAGAGGCAGGGCUCAAUGUGAAGGGGAAGAGGACUCUGGCAGAGAACAUCGCCGACAAUGGAGGAAUACGAGAAGCCUUCAGAGCUUACAGGCGAUGGGUAGAUAAUAGCAGGAAUGGUGUGGAGGAGCCUCUUCUGCCUGGAGUUGGACUGAACAACAACCAGCUGUUCUUCCUGAGUUAUGCACAUGUAAGAUGCAACUCAUACAGACCAGAGGCAGCCAGGGAACAAAUUCAGAGUGGGGCCCACAGUCCACCGAGAUUCAGGGUUAUUGGAGCGAUGAGUAACUAUGAGGAGUUUAGCAAAGCGUUCAACUGUCCCGUUUCACCUGUAAUGAACCGCGGGGACAAGUCGUGCCGUGUUUGGUAAAACUGACUUCAACUGGACCCUGAAACAAACCACAGCCAUAAGCAGGACCUGUGUUGGCACACUGUGGAUUCUGCUGGAUCAUAUAUUCUGUAUGUUACGGUAGCUGUGGAAAAUGGAAGGAAAAAAAACGAGUUGUGGACAUUGGAACGUAUGUAUAGUCUAUAUGCUACAGUAACUGCAGAGAAUUUUCAUGGCCACAGCUAUUCCCACAGGAUUGUAAUGUCUUUAUGAUAAGAUAGCGGUGGAAAAAUUACUUGACCCCUUUUUUACAGGUAUAUAUAA